CUCUGGGGCCAGAGCCUGCGCGCUGCGCCCCGCGCGCCCAGCGCCCCGCGCCCUGCGCCCCGCGCUGCCCGCGCGCCCGAGCCGGCAGGGGUUUCUUUCCCCCAUCGCGGUCAUGUCUCCGGGUCCGGCCCGGCGGGGUGGCGCGGCCCAGGCCCCGGCGCCCGCGGCGAGCGACCGCCAGGGACCAUGAUCCGGCUAGGCUGCUGGUGUGCGCGGCGGCCCCGCAGCGCGGCGUUCCCCGCGGGGCGGCGCUGGGGGUCUGGCGGGCCGGCGGGCCGGGCGGGCGGCCGCUCCCUGCGGGUGCUGGUGGACAUGGACGGCGUGCUGGCCGACUUCGAGGGCGGCUUCCUCAGGAAGUUCCGCGCGCGGUUCCCCGACCAGCCCUACAUCGCGCUGGAGGACCGGCGCGGCUUCUGGUUGUCGGAGCAGUACGGCCGCCUGCAGCCCGGCCUGAGCGAGAAGGCCAUUAGCAUAUGGGAAUCGGAAAAUUUCUUUCUUGACCUGGAGCCUCUCCCGGGGGCUGUGGAAGCUGUGAAGCAGAUGGCCAACCUAGAAAACACUGAUGUCUUCAUCUGCACGAGCCCCAUCAAGAUGUACAAGUACUGUCCCUACGAGAAGGAUAGAUUCCAGGAGAUAGAAUUCCUGGCUCCCACAAGGAGGGUCUACCAUGACCCGCACUACAGGGAGGGAGGGUCACACGGGUGGCGCUGUGCUGGCGUCAGGCAGGGGCCAGGCCGGGCCACAGAGGGUCGGUCAGUGGAGGGAGUGGAGUACUGAACAAAGACAUGAAGACAGGAAAAUGCAGAUAUGUUUGAGGAACUUUGGGUGAGUUGUGUUGGCUGGUGGCCUUGGGGCCUGGCUGGGAUGUGGGCUUGGGAUCAGGCUGGGGUGCAAGCUCAUCUCCCAGCCGUCUGUCACCGUUCAGCUACAUUGUCACCUCCUCCCCCCCCCCCCCGCCCUGCCCCCACCGGAAGCCAGAGGGGAAGGCGGACUGACUGUGUCUUGUAAAGAGAUGAAAGUAGCUGUAGCCACCUCCCCUCCCACCGUCCGUGUGCCCUCCCAUCCCUAGUAGACGGACCCUCUGUCCUUGGCCAGCUGAGGCUGGGGGCAGGCGGCUGCUGCUGAUCCUUCUGCUGGUGCCUGCGGUGGAGUGAUGUCCUGUCUCAGGACGUCAACUGAGGAUGGAUGUUUUGCCCUCAUGGCAGCCCCGGUGGGUGCCCACGACCUGGACCUCUCACAGAGUUUUUCCCUCCACACCUGCCCCCAGACAGCAUCAGCCUUUGGCAGCAGAAGUGGGAGUUUUUCUCCUUAGUUGAUUCCCCUCGAGACCCAAUCAAAGGAAGGAAACCCAAUUGCUAAGAGGUCAGCUUCUUUAUCAUACUUAGGGCGUCAGAGUUAGGUACCAUUCAGGUUAUCAGAACCAGAACCUUCUUUCUGGCUCAACCGUGCUGACAUUUUACACCCAGAUGUACAUGCAGGCAAGGGCUUCACCUGCAAUACCCAUUAACCUUCAUAAUAGCCUUUUGAAGUAGGUAUUGUUAUUAUCCCCAUUCUACAGAUGAGGGAACUGAGGCACAGAGAGGUUAAGUCACCUGCCCAAGGUCAGCAUCGAGAAAUGGCGAGUCAGGUUUGGGCAGUCUGACUCCAGGGCCUGUGCUCUGUACCUGUGCUAUGCUGACCCCCUUUUCUAAUUCCACCUGAUUCAGAACUUAGCACGAUAUUACUAGGGUUUUUUCCCCCCCCGAAGAGAAUUAAAAACAAUCUACGGUAAAUGCUUCAUGCUCAAGCAUGAUAUUUUACUGUUACUUUUCCGUAUUCCGGUCACAAGUGGGAUUAAGUGAGAUGCUUGGACGUAACAAUGGGACACGUGCUUUUCAUGUGAAGUCUGGUCUCCAGCUGAUAUGUCUGCUAGAUUCUGUGUUUGAUUUUAAGAAUAAAUGUUAAACAUUUCCACCCCAUAAGUGAGCCUCUUCACUUGAACUCAAAUAAAAAAUGUCGGCCAAGUUUUGAACUUCAGAAGGUAAUGAAUGAAAUUUCUUCACAUAUUUCACACCAAAAUUGUCCAACUGCUCCCAGAACUUAAACCUCCUGUAAGACUUGCACUAAAAGCACAUCAUUUGCCGCCAAAAUAAACCAUAAUUUCUUUUAGGAGCAGUGAGAGUCAUACUGCCAACAUUUCAGGAACUUUCUCUGGUGGUACCUCCCACCUCCUGUGCUACCUAGGAGAGUCUCAAACUGGGGCUCAUGCUAUGUUUUGGCCCCAGCUACUAUUUUUAAAAAAAUUGGCUGUUCAUGGUAAUUGGCAUAGGGUUUUUUUGGGAGGAUGAUGGAAACAUUCUGGAAUUACAUGGGCAAUGGUCGCACAACAUAGUGGAUUACUAAAGCAAACCCACUGAAAUGUAUACUCAAAAUUGCUGAAUUUUAUGGUAUGUAAAUUAUAUAUAAAAAUGACUGUGAAGCAAAAUAAAAAGGACACAGCCUUUUACAAUACAGAAAAUAAUGUGCUAGAAAAAAGAGAGGUCUCAAAUAAAACCAGAAAUGAAAGAGUUGUCACAACUGAUACCACAGAAAUACAAACGAUAAGAGACCACUGAGAAUGAUUAUAUGCCAGCAAAUUGGACAACAGUAGAAGAAAUGGAUAGAUUCUGAGAAACACAACCUUCCAAGACUAAAUCACGAUGAAAUAGAAAAUCCGAACAGCUCAGUUACCACCAAGGAGAACGAGUCAGUAACCAAAAACCUGCCAGUGAACAAAUGUCCAUGACCAGACGACUUCACUGGUGAAUCUUGCCGAACAUUCAAAGAAAAAUUAAUCCCAACCCUUCUCAAAUUCUUCCCCAAAAUGGAAGGGGAGUGGAGGGACUCUGAAACACAUUUAUGAGACCAGCAUUACGCUGAUCCCAAAACCAGACAAGAAUGCCACACAAAAGAAAAUUUGAGGUCAAUAUCCCUGAUUAAUGCAGAUGCAGAAUUCCUCAAUAAAAUACUAGCAAACUGAUUUCAACAAUACAUUUAAAGGAUCAUAUGCCAUGAUCGAGUGGGAUUUGUUCCAGGAGUGUAAGGAUGGCUCAAUGUAUGCAAAUCAACUAAGUGAUGUGCUACAUUAACAAAAUAGAUAAAAAUUAUAUGAUCAUCCCACUAGAUGCAGAAAAGCAUUUGACAAAAUUCAAUAUCCAUUUUAAUAAAAACUCUCAACAAAGCAGAUAUAGAGGGAAUGUACUUUAACAUAAUAAAGGUCAUUAUGACAAAUUCACGGCAAAUACUCUACUCAAUGGUGAACAGCUGAAAGCUUUUCCUCUAAGAGCAGGAACAAGACGGGAUUUUUAUUCAACAUGAUAUUGGAUGUCCUAGCCACAGCAAUUAGGCAAGAAAAAAAAAAUUGGAAAGAAAGAAGUAAAACUGUCACUGUUUGUAGAUGACAUGAUAUUAUAUAUAGAAAACCUUAAAGACUCCACCAAAAAACUGUUGGAACUAAUAAACAAAUUUAGUAAAGUUACAGGAUACAAAAUCCUACACAAAAGUCUGUUGUAUUUCUUUACAUUAGUAAUGAACUGUCAGAGAAAUUAAGAAAAUUUCAUUCAUAAUUGCAUCAAAAAUAAUAAAAUACCUUGGAAUAAAUUGAUCCAAGGAGGUGAAAGACCUGUAUAUUAAAAACUAUAAGACCUUAAUGAAAGAAAUUGAAGAAGAUACAAAUAAAUGUCAAGAUAUUUUGUACUCAUGAAUUGGAAGAAUUCAUAUUUAAAAAAUUUUCAUAUUGGGGCGCCUGGGU